CCCAAGAAUAGUCGUAUCGAGGCGGUAGUCGAGUAUCACCUCGCUUCUCCUCCUCCUGCUUGUGCCGGCACGAGCACACUCGGGAACAUAGAGGCACACGCGCAGCUUAUCGACUGGGUAGCGCGCGCGCGCGCGCGUGUGUACCGCGCUCCUUCUCACUCACUCGCUCUCUCUCUCUCUCGCUCGCUCGCUCUUGCUCUCGCUCUCGCGCUCGCGCUUCCUCUCUCUCCUCCGUUGGUGCACCCGCGGGCUUCUCCUGCUCGCGCUCGCGCGACUCUUUUCCCUUUCCCCGUCCUCGUGUCCCUCCCCCGCCCGAGCGUCGCCCUACGGGCGGUCACCCACCCUCCGGUGUGCGUACCGCGCACACCCUCUCCUCCUUGUGUCUCGGUGGCUCGCGCCACCGCGCAUCCACCCAGCGUCGAUAUACCACGAUACCGCGGAUACAACGUCUCGCGGGGAUACGCGGCUGAUCUACCGCGUGCGAUUUUGAUUCCGAUCCCGAUCUCGAUCUCGAUCUCGAUCCCUCGCGGCGAGUCGCUCGACCGGGUCGAGCGGUACGGUGGUGUCACGAGGAUUCCGCGUCUCCCGGUUUCACGGGGCGGGAUAUCGGUCUCGCGAGUGUCAAGUGCGGGAAAGCCAGUCGUCGCCGCGGUUGGCGCGUGUUCUCGGAUCGGUCGGUCCCCCGACCGCCCGAUCGGCCACAGUGAUCGCGGGUGACUCGUCGUUGCGAUCCAAGGGACGUGUUCGAGCGUCGAUCGAGGCGCGUUUCCGGGUAGAUCGGACGCACCGGCUGCGGCGGAACCUCUGUCGCUCGGAAGAGGAAGUGGGUGUCGCGCGUCGGCACGAUGACGCUCGGGACGAGGAUCCGGAAUUCGCGCGGACACCAGCAGGCAGUGCGCGAGUGAGUGACGGAAGAUAGUGUUUCUUCUUCGGACCGCGAGCGGGUUAGUGCGCGCGUUCGAGUGCGCGGCGAAGUAAAGAACGGAGGAAACGAUAUCCCAGGCGAGGCGGCGACUCGAUCAGCGAAGGAUCGCGGGGUGGCGCGACUUCGAGGAAGAAGCGAGCCAGCGUCCGCGAGACGGCCGCCGCUUCGGGGUGGUCGGUGGUCGCGAUCGAGCAGCGGAAGCCGGCAGGGUGGUUCGAGGCGGGACAGGAGCCGCUGACGCCCUGGCGACUGCCGGGGUGGUUUACCCGGCCGCGACAGCGACGUUGUUCCCUGGCCGGGUGUCGACUGGACACCACCACCCCGAGUUCACCACCACGUUGGAGGUGGGGUUCCCGGCGCGCGGCACCACCGCCUCCAUGGCGUUGGUAGCCGCGCCGCCCUCGUGGGCCUCGCGGGAUCCCGGGGCCAGCCUGGCCGCGACCGGCGCGGCCGCAGCGGCAGCCGCAGCCGCAGCGGGGGCCGCAGCUGCAGCCGCCUCCGCCGCUGGUCCGGGCCCCAUACAGAUCGCUCCGCCACCCCCGAUGCCCCCCGCGCACCUAACGCCCUCGCAAACGCCCGACGACAUCACCUGUCUCGUGCCCGCAGGAGCGGUUCUCACGCCUAGGGACCCCUUGCCGCCCAGCACUACACCCGGAAGUCAAGCCAACAGCUCCCAAUCCGGCAGCUCGCAGACCGACAAAUCCCCCAACAUCGAAUGCGUCGUCUGCGGCGACAAGAGCAGCGGCAAACACUACGGACAGUUCACCUGCGAGGGAUGCAAAAGCUUCUUCAAGAGAAGCGUCAGGAGGAAUCUAACGUACUCUUGUCGGGGGAAUAGGAAUUGUCCCAUCGACCAACACCAUAGGAAUCAGUGCCAGUAUUGUCGGUUGAAAAAGUGCCUGAAGAUGGGCAUGCGACGGGAAGCCGUGCAAAGGGGCCGAGUGCCGCCGUCGCAGCCGUCGUUGCCAGGUUUGCCCGGACAGUUCGCCCUGACGAACGGCGACGCGGUCGCGUGCGCCAGUCUGAACGGUCACUCUUACCUCUCCUCGUAUAUUAGUUUGCUCCUGAGGGCGGAGCCGUACCCGACCUCGAGAUACGGUCAGUGCAUGCAACCGAACAACAUCAUGGGAAUCGACAACAUCUGCGAGCUCGCGGCAAGAUUGCUGUUCUCGGCGGUCGAGUGGGCCAGGAACAUCCCGUUCUUCCCGGACCUUCAGGUGACGGACCAGGUCGCCCUGCUCAGGCUAGUUUGGAGCGAGUUGUUCGUCCUGAACGCGAGCCAGUGCUCGAUGCCCCUCCACGUGGCGCCGCUGUUGGCCGCGGCCGGUCUCCACGCAUCACCGAUGGCAGCGGAUCGCGUGGUCGCCUUCAUGGACCACAUCAGAAUCUUUCAAGAACAGGUGGAAAAGCUAAAAGCUCUGCACGUCGACUCGGCCGAGUACAGCUGCCUGAAAGCCAUCGUCCUCUUCACCACAGGUAAACCAGUGACCCUCGUAUCUCUUUCGACUAUGGUAGCAACAUGCUUGCGGAUUGUCGGACGUGGCGCACAUCGAGUCCCUUCAGGAGAAGUCUCAGUGCGCCCUGGAAGAAUACUGCAGGACUCAGUACCCGAACCAGCCGACGAGGUUCGGCAAGCUGCUCCUACGGCUACCAUCUUUAAGAACGGUGUCCUCGCAAGUGAUCGAACAGCUGUUCUUCGUUAGACUGGUCGGGAAAACGCCGAUCGAGACGUUGAUCAGGGACAUGCUGUUGAGCGGUAGCAGCUUCAACUGGCCGUACAUGUCCACGAUGUGACAUUCUGUCUGGCGACAGCUAGCUUCCGCGUAAUACUGUCGCUUCCCGUCUCGUCCCGUGGUCCAACCAAGUUUCGAUCGUCGAGCGAAACGCUCGAUUCGAGCCACGCGCAGUCGAGUCCCGCUCGGUAACGCUCGCACGAUCCGCGCGAAGGACUCUUUUGCCCGUCCCUCGACCGGAACCAACGAUUCCUUCACCCUUCGACGGGAUACCGCGAAAACGUCGUUGACGACGCGUUAGAAAAAUCGACUUUGAACCGAUGUUUUCACAAUUUUCCCACGUGCUGGAUCGCGAGCGAUCGCCCAGGACUCGCGACGCGCGCGACUAAGGGAACAAACGAACUAGGCGAUCGAGAAGAACGAACUAAUCGGAGAGAACGAUGCUCGAACGGAGCUACUAAACACCCCUUUCGAUAGUUGUUUUAAGCAAUUGCUCGGACUGCCGAUCAUUUCCUCUUAAAGGAGUAUUCUAGCGCGAAGCGUUGCCCAGAUUAAAUUUACAAAUUGAAAACAAAAGAACGAUCGACUUUUUCGAAGAACACCCCCUUAACGCUCCAUCGUACAACGUGCCCGAUACUUUUUCCUUAUUAUUUAGUCCUCUUUCUGAAAUUCACGCAGCAGAGGGUCGAUGUCAAUUACUGUGCGAUUUCAUCCGAAAUGCGAGCUUAAAUUUUUCUUGUCUCGUCGCGACGCGCGGGAAUCGACUGGACGAACGAAGCUUGGAUGCCAGAGAACUUUCGGGCCGAACGAAACGGGGACGCGUCGUUCGAUAUUAGAAACUCCGAGAGCCACGGAUUAUCCCUUUUCGUCGAACUCGCGCGACGCCGACGGCUGCCUUCGAGAAACGAGACGUCGGCGUCGGGGCUAUCUUACGAGCACGAUCGACGCGCAACGGAAAAUUAUUAUUCGAUUCUCGACGGGGCGGAGUGGAUCCGAACGCGAUCAUCAACGACGCGGAGCGUCUCUCGCGAGGGCCACGGUGAAACGUGGAGGAGACGCCGAGCGUCUCGAGGGAACACGCCAGAGCAGAAAAGAAUGGGGGAUGAACCAAAGACGCGAUGAAGACGUUGCUUGACCGAACAAUCGAGGCCGCCUGACUUUUCAAACCGCGCUCAACCCUUUGCACUUCUCAACAGGAAUCUUCCAAAUUGUUCCUCGACGCGAAACCUUCAAAAUUCUUAAUUGCGCCAGAGUUGUCUUGAAUUAUCAAGUCGAGCCAUAUAUCGAAACAUUGAAGCGCAAAGGGUUGAAUUCCUGAACGAUCGAACCGAACAGACGGGAAACGAAGUUCGGAUCGGAGUAACUCGGUUUCGUCGCGCUUUUAUUUCACACAUUUGCGAGAUUCGUUCGAACGGCCGACGACAGAAACGAGAAAAAAUGAAAACGAGGAGUCAACGCGAAGGGAAGAGAGAGAACGAGACUCCGAAGUACUCGGCGCGAAGAAAUCAUAAAUUAGCAUUUGUAAUCAACGGCGGGGGAUCUGGUAGAUCUUCCAUCGGUAUCUCCCAUCGAUCUUCGCGUCGAGUAAUUGCCGUUAGUCGAGUCAUGCCGAAACUCUUAGUCAUUCGUUUUGACGUUUCGUUCUCCGCCGUACGUGCCCGCGUUCCUAAGAAUUUCUUUUCUCCUCUAUUUCUCUCCCGCCUCAAAGGACAGAGACGAGCAAAUUUUUGUUCGGGAUCAAACUUCGAACGAAGAGUCGAAGGUAAACAUUACUCGUUGAAAUGAACGUAAAGUACAGAACGAAUAAAAUUAUGCUCGUCUCCGGUUCGAAUCGAGCAACGCCUUCUCCGUGAAUCUGAAUGCGAAACGUUGCUACCGGUUGCUAUCAUUAUUAUUAUCAUUGUUGUUAUAAACGUAAAAUUGAAAAAAGGCGCGAAAGAGUUCUGCAAACGCGUCAUUCUCGGCCGCAAGAAUUUUAUUUAUUGUUCUUCGAGGAAAAGGAAAUCGUAUGGUAUGCGUACAGAUAAGAAACGUAAAGAUUAAGUUAAUUUUGCGCGUUUGUUUUCUGCCUGUUAUUUAUUAAAGGAUUGUAUUCUUUUCUGCGACGAUCACUGCGUACGAGACUUAGGAUAUUCUCCAUUCUAGGCUCUAAUCCUGAACUUCCCUCAACCUUACGCCUUAGUUCUCGUUAACCGCGCGUACCAAGAACAAAAACGAUUCAUCCAAAAAUGCGUUAUAUGUAAUAUGCGUCAAAUUCGCCCAGCGUCGCUUAGGCUUAGAAAGUAUCGUUCUUCUCGGUUCCCUCGUCGAGCACUGCGCGAAAUUCAAACGUCGGCAAAGUCUGCGAGCCGAUCUUCUAGGCAGAGCUUGAAAAAACCUCGAACAUAAUUGUUUCAAACCGUUAAAUAAAUGUUCUGGUCGAAAUUGCCACGAAGAACUUCUACUCUGAACUGUUACGUAGAAUCUACAAGUCAAAGUAGAGUUUAAGUUAAAGUUUUCGGCACAAGUAGAAAUAGCGAGCAAUGGGCAGACACGUCGGACAAAUCGUAUCUGGUAUUCGACAAAUUUUCGAUUUCACUUAUCUUAAAAACGAAGGAUUGUACCACUAAUGUUUAUCAUAUAUUUUCAACUUAUUUGUUCGCGAAUAGAUUCAGGUCUUAUAUGAAGUUUAAAAGGUUAUAGAACUGAAAUAGAUACACUCUGAAAUGUAGGUUCUUUGCAACAGUUAUUCGGAAUAAAAGUUCUUGGUGGCUGUCCCAAGAACCUAAAACCUAUAUUGUAAGAGUUUUCAAGCCCUGCUUUUAGGUUCUCCUCGAGGAUCGCGAGGUUCGCGCACAUUGGACGAGUCGCGGCAGCUUCGACGUUAGCCGCCAUCUUUGCUCUGAUUUUCGUUUUCUGUCCUCUCCUUCCCUUUCACUCGAAAGCAAAACACGAAAAACACGGCUUUCGGAAACGGCCAAUUUGCGUCGCGAAAGCGUGACCACGACGAUUUUCCGUUUCUUGCGCGCGAACGCGUUCGAAUUUGCCGUUUUUCAGCGCGGAGGCGGGCAAAAUUCUUGCGUGGACGAAGAUUUCGAACGACGAACAAAAGAUACGAUCCAACUCCUAGUGCCGUUACGCGUUCGAUAAAAAUUUGAAUCGAAAGGAACGAAAGUUUAUCUCCGGUAACCGAUUUGCACGGAGCUUUUAUUCGUCGGCUGUUGAACGAACUUCUGCUCGCUUCCGGUGUCGCGAACAACCGCGGUUUUCCUCGAACGUCGGAGAGCGUCGCGUCGAUCCUCCGUCGAGCUUUCGCCGACCACGGAAGCGUCCGUUUCCUUGGCCAAAUCUUAUCUCGAAACGUGGCACAGUGGGGUGUUGGACGCCAAAUUUUAACUUUACUUGCUGGAAAAUGGCAAAUCUUGCGAUUGAUUUAUCGAACACUUGUUACGGAAAAUUGAAAUAAAAUAUCUUUUCACUGCGUUUGACACGCGAUAGGUCCACUGUGCGCGUUUCUUAGCGACGGAUCGAGCAGGAUGUAUUUGCGAGAGGGCGUUUUCUCGAUCGGAAGCGAACCGGCGAGGAGCCAUUCGGAGACGGGGCGACGACGCGCGGACAAAUAUAUUUUUCUUUCGCGGACGUACGGAGUCGCUCGUCGGUCGGUCUCCGAGUAAAUCGGUCGCGGGAAAACGAAGAUCGGCGGGAAACGAUAGGCGAGGAGUACUCGGCGAACGCAAUGUGAUAUACCUAUUAUAUGUACAUGUACGUGAAAACUAAAAUCCGGUUUUUUCGAGACGGUGCUUUUUUUACUCUAUAAAUACUGUACGAUAUACCUGGACACGGUGCGUUGUAUAGGGUUGUACGAGGAAAAGGACGACGGAUCGUUUAAGAGAAACAAAAUAUUUGAAUACUACGUUUACGAUAAAUGUGGCAAUGUCGAGCUAGUUACUUAGAGAACCACUUAGGGGUAUAUGGGAUAUUUCUAAUAUUUUUAAGCAGCGAUCGUUUCUUAAAAGCGACACACGCGUACAACACACGACACAACACAUAGACACAUACACGCGUACAGUGAACACAUAACUCAUAGCGAGGGAGCGACGCGUCUCGAUCGGAAUCUGCGGAACCGAUACGGGCUCGCGAUGGCCCCGAGCGCUCCUCGAAUCAAAUUCGCGAUCGAGCGAAUCGGGAAUCGCGCGCAGCUUCGUCGAAUUCGUCGAGGGUAUUCUGAUCGAGGCGCGUACGCGUCGUCGAACGCGGAUGCUCGUCAAACUGAAAAAUUGUAUUAUACCGAGCACGAAUUGCGUUAUCGUUGGAUGUUCGUAGGGCGAAAAGAUAUCUAUACAGAGUUAUGUAUAAAGGCGCGAGAACAUUUUUGUAUAAAACGUGUACAUAAUUAAUAUAUACAUACAUAUAAAUGCAAAUAUAAAUACGAUUAUAUAUAUAAAUACAGGUACGAAUAUAAAUAUGAAUAUA